GCAUACGGUUUUAGGUUCUUUUCGUUUGCGCUUUCAGCCUGGAAGGGUGUCUGUGAACCUAAUUUGUGCUAAUCCAUCAUAAAUCUGCAGUAUGGCGUUAAGGUGCUUCUUUGAUAUCACCGCUGGUGACGCUCCUCUGGGCCGAAUUAUUAUAGAGUUGAGACCAGAUGUAGUGCCAAAAACAGCUGAAAACUUCCGUGUCCUCUGUACUGGAGAGCAGGGUUUUGGUUACAAGGGUUCAUGUUUCCACAGAAUCAUCCCAGGCUUUAUGUGUCAGGGAGGUGACUUCACAAACCACAAUGGAACUGGAGGAAAAUCAAUCUAUGGGACUAAGUUUGCUGAUGAGAACUUUCAGCUGAAGCACACUGGCCCUGGCAUUCUGUCUAUGGCCAAUGCAGGCCCUAACACAAAUGGAUCUCAAUUUUUCGUCUGCACUGAGAAGACUACCUGGCUUGAUGGUAAGCAUGUGGUGUUUGGCUCAGUUAUCGAUGGAAUGGAUGUUGUAAGAGCUAUGGAAAAAUGUGGUACUCAAAGUGGAAAGACAAACAAAAAAGUUAUUAUUGCCAAUUGCGGACAGCUUUAAGAAAAAGUCCACUACAAUUUUUGUUUUUUUAUUCCUUUUGUCUUAAAUCACAAGCAUUCCUGUCAUUAGCUGGUGGCUUCCAACAACUUGGUUAAGUACUUAACACUUUCAUUGUGCUUUUUGACCUGCAUUUUUGGUGGUGCUUAUAACCCUCUGCCCACACUCCCUUCCAGAAUAUUUUUUUUUUUCCACGUGGACUUAAUGGAAUUCUGAUGAGAUUAAAAAAAAUAUGAAACUUCAA